GGCCCUCCUCUCUCUCUCUCUUCUGGCCUUUACCGGAAUAAAAAUAAAGAAAAAGCCAAUUAAAACCUUUGCUCAUGUUUUUUUUCUCAUUUAUGGUUUAAAUAAAUACUGGGGUUUUGCACUAAGUUGAGAAUAACAUAACAACUUGGUCAUUUUUCCCUUUCUUGGUCUGAAUCUUGGGUAUCUCUGGGUUUAAGCUAAGGUUUUGAGUCUGCUUAGCGAAGAGAAAAGAAAAAGAUAAAAAAGAAAAGAAAAGAAAGCAUAUAGAAUAUCUAUUUACACAGAUCCCUAUGGGCUAUGGAGUGCAGGGGUGCUAUCCAACAUUGCUUGCUGAAACUCAUUCUCUUUGUUUAGUUUAAAGGGUCCAGUUUUUGUUCUCUUUUUAAGACUGAGAAAGAAAGAAAGAAAGAAAGAAAGAAAGAAAAGACAAGAGAAGAAUGAGAAACUACAAGAAAGAGAGUUUUGGGCUUUUUUUCACCUAGAUUCAAGUGAAGACUUUCCUUGUUUUCAUCUUUAUUUGUGUGGAGAACAAAUAUUUUCUUUGGGUUCAUGAGUUCUCGCUGCAGCUAUACUACAAAAAAGAAAAGUCUUGCCAAGUUCUUGAAAUUUUAAAGAAAAGAAAAGCCUUUACAACUUACAAGAAACCUCAACAACUGAAUGAAGAUGAAGUCUAUGAAUGAUGAUAGCAGCAGCAGCAGCAAUAAUAAUAAUAAUAAUCAUAAUAGUGCGGCUAAUAGUAACUGGUUGGGUUUUUCCCUCUCACCCCACAUGAAAAUGGAGGUUACUAAUCCUUCUGAACCUCAACAUCAUCAGUUCAAUCAUCAAACUCAAAGUUUCUAUCUUUCAUCUUCUCCUAUGAAUGUGUCAACAACUUCUGCUCUUUGUUAUGAAAAUAAUCCCUUCCAUUCUUCCUUAUCUGUCAUGCCUUUAAAAUCUGAUGGCUCUCUUUGCAUCAUGGAAGCUCUCUCAAGAUCUCAUGCAGAUGCUAUGGGGCAAAGUUCUUCACCUAAGCUUGAGGACUUUUUAGGUGGUGCAACUAUGGGAACAAGUCAAUAUGGAAGUCAUGAAAGGGAGGCUAUGGCUCUAAGCUUAGACAGCUUGUAUUAUCAUCAAAAUGAAGAAGAGAUUCAAGUUCAUAGUCACCAUCCUUACUAUUCUCCCAUGCAUUGUCAUGGCAUGUACCAAGAAUCACUUUUAGAAGAAACUAAACCAACUCAAAUUUCAAACUGUGAUGCCCAAAUGACCGGAAAUGAGCUAAAAAGUUGGGGCCACUAUGCUGAGCACCAACAUGCUAUUGACCAACACAUAAAUGCCACUUGUAGCAUGGUUGCUGCUGCAGCUGGUGGUGGUACAGUUGGUUGUAAUAAUGAUUUGCAGUCUUUAAGCUUGUCAAUGAAUCCUGGUAAUCAGUCUAGCUGUGUUACUCCAAGACAAAUUUCUCCUACUGGGCUGGAAUGUGUAGCCAUUGAAUCAAAGAAAAGGGGUUCUGGAAAAGUUGCUCAAAAACAACCUGUACACAGGAAAUCCAUUGACACAUUUGGUCAAAGAACUUCUCAGUAUAGAGGUGUCACUAGACAUAGGUGGACAGGUAGGUAUGAGGCACAUUUGUGGGAUAAUAGUUGCAAGAAGGAAGGGCAGACUAGGAAAGGAAGACAAGUUUAUCUUGGGGGCUAUGAUAUGGAAGAAAAAGCUGCCAGAGCAUAUGAUCUAGCUGCACUGAAAUACUGGGGUCCUUCAACUCACAUUAAUUUUCCAUUAGAAAAUUAUCAGAAAGAGCUUGAGGACAUGAAGAAUAUGACCCGGCAAGAAUAUGUUGCACACUUGAGAAGGAAAAGCAGUGGAUUCUCAAGGGGUGCUUCAAUUUACAGAGGAGUGACAAGGCACCAUCAGCAUGGAAGAUGGCAGGCUAGAAUUGGAAGAGUUGCAGGGAACAAAGAUCUUUAUCUUGGCACUUUUAGCACACAAGAAGAAGCUGCAGAAGCUUAUGAUGUUGCUGCAAUCAAAUUCAGGGGUGUAAAUGCUGUCACAAACUUUGACAUAUCUCGAUACGACGUCGAAAAAAUCAUGGCUAGUAAUACUCUACCUGCUGGUGAACUAGCUAGGAGAACCAAAGAAAGAGAGCCAAUAGAGUCCCUUGAGUACAAAAAUGAGGAAUGUGUUCAAAAUGACAACAAUGGGAAUAUCACAGAUUGGAAAAUGGUGUUAUACCAAACAUCCAAUCCUUCUUUAGGAUUACUAACCGAUAAAUCGACGAACAUGGGAUCAAAUAAUUAUCGGAACCCCACAUUCUCAAUGGCAUUACAAGAUUUGAUUGGCAUCGAUUCGAUGAAUUCAAGCAACCAUGCCACCAUUCUUGAUGAACAGAACAGGAUUGGUAACCACUUUUCAAAUGCUUCAUCUUUGGUAACAAGUCUUGGCAGUUCAAGAGAAGCAAGUCCUGAUAAAAGUGCUGGUUCUUUAGUCUUUGCAAAGCCUACAAAAUUCGCGGUUCCAUCGGCUAGUGUUAAUGCUUGUAUUCCCUCUGCUCAACUUAGGCCAAUUCCAGUCUCAAUGGCUCACCUACCAGUCUUUGCAGCUUUGAAUGAUGCAUGAGAAAAAAUGCAGCUAUUGCUUUUUGGUUACAUGUUGUAACUUUUUUUUUGCAUGAACAAGAAAAAGGAAACGAAAUUGGUGGUGGUUGGAAAAAAGGUGAAAGGAAAAGAAAAGAAAGGAAUAUGUCGGAUUUUAGCUAGUGUUUUUGUAUUUUCCCCCUAAUUUUGAAUGUAAGUGGGUGACUUAAGGGUACUAAUGGACAGACUAGGUGGAGGGGCCAGUUACCUGUCUGUAACUAUGUAUUGGAAACUUUUUCAAACUCAAAAAAAAAAAAAAAACUUUCCUUUUUGCA